CACAAAACUUUUCGCCUCUUCAUCAUUGGGAAAGGAUACUAGGCAAUCAUCCACAUAAAAGUUGUUCAGUACCGAUUCCCUACGCUGUUAUCAUAGUCACUAGAGAACCUUUGAGCCGUCUUCAUCAAUGCAAAGUUUGCACAGAAGGGUGAGGAUAUUGCCCCGAAGGGAUGUGAUGUCAUCUGAUACUCCACCGGUUCCUUCUCGAUAUCACCCUUCGGCCACCAAAGGAAACGUAGCGCUCCACAAUCGGGCUUCGAGACCUUUACUUAUAAUAAUAAUAAUAAUUUAUUCUCAAAUAACAGUUUGUUACAUGAGGCAUGCCAGUUUACAGGCAAGAUCAAAUUGAUACAAAUGAUACAAUAUACACUGUAUUAAAUUACAUAGCUGGGUUGAAAAUUUAUAAGACAUGAAUGUAGAUUGUUUUAAUCAGUACUAUAGUUGGCGCGCUUCACGAGAGUUGCGUUGCGAAUGUGCGACUGACGAUCAAGAAUAGGUCCAUUGAAGGCUUUAAGGAUGGUGCAGGAUGAAGUAACCUGUUCCAUAUCUCAAGGGAGCUGAAAGAGGGAGGAAGUAAAAGAAAACACGAGAGGCAGAGUAGCCAAUAUUCAUGUAGGAAUGUUUAAGGUAUGAUUACUCAGUCUAAUUUUCUUUUAUUAAGGUAUUUGUUAAGAAAGAGCAUUUUAAUAGGUUAAAGAAAAUAAGCUUUAGCAAGGUGUGAGUGGACAUACAACUGACAAAUGGAGGCGAUUCGGAAAAGAGCUGAGAGUAUAAGAUUAUGUGUGAUUAUAAAAUAAAAUAUAGUGCUAGAAACAGUAUUGUGAUAUACAACUGGCUAUCUUCCUUUUAUUAUCGAAGCUAUUAGAGCCCCUUUCGUUUUUUUUAAGGUUUUAUAGGGUCUUGAGUAGGCUUCGUAUAUUAGCGAAUUGUCUAGUUUGCUUGUAAUAGGAUUUCUGAGUAGGAAGUGAAACCAAUUUAACGUUCGUAACACGAUUUAAAGAGGUAUUUUGCGUGAUAAAUCAGCUUCAAUACCUUAAGUCCGUGACAUCCCACUAAACCAUAAGGAGCCGUAAUUAAGCAAAAUGUUCUGCCCUACAGACAUGGGUGGAUUGAAGUUAUCUCCCCACCUUCAUGUUUGCUGGUCAGUAACGCCACCCUCCCUCCUUUUGUGAUGUUAGGCUCUCCUACGUUUGUGGUAAGUAUGAUUAAUGCUUUAAUCAAAGUACAUAGUUGGAAUACACUGUCUCUACUAGGUCCAUGUUACAAGCAAAUCAGAUAUUUAAAAAUUCUGUUUUAUGGGUUAGACGUCCAUAUAGUAUAUCACACUGCUAUGAAAAUAACUAAUGGUUUAAAGAAGUAAGGAUUAAUAGUAAAUCAAAAGAUAUGAGAGGGUAUAAAAUUGUAGAAAAAAAAGAAAAAGACUUUAGGGUAAAAAAAAUAAGACAUUGAGAAACUCACAAGACUUUGUGGCCAAAUUUUGAGCUUUGAAUGAUCGACCUUAGUAGAUCAGCAUCCAUAAGAUUGAGCUGUCUGUCUACUUGCAGUAGAAAAAAAAAGCAUGACUUUUAGGAAGAAUAAUGUACAUUUAACCUGUAGAGAUUUGGGGACUGAAAGCUAGGGUUAGGAGCAUGAAGUCAUGAAUAAUGAAUAGGAAAUAAUAGGAAUAAUAGGAAAGGAUAAGCCAUAUAUCCUGUGAUUUGGUUAUAUUCAUAUUAGUAACAGUCGAACUUGUUAGAAUUUUGUUCUUUCUAGAUACUAGGCGGUCCAUAAUAAAGUGCCUCAUCGGUGGGCGGGAGUUCAAGGUAAUGUUGAAGCUCUUUGGAGUCUAGAAAUAGGGUUAUUAGCUUUUUGAAUCUGGUAAACGUAUCACAGUUACGGAUAGGCAUUGGCAGCCUGUUCCACAAUAAACUGUACCGUACUGUAAAGAACUUACAACGCAUUUGUUUUUGGUGUUUUACGGUAAGUAGUGUAUAUGCGUUGUUUCUAAGUCUAUAGGCUGGGUCGUGGGUGAUAGUCGGGCAGGAGGUUAGAAAGGAGAGCCCAUAUAUCGCUUUGUAGAGAAAUAUUAAAUUGUGUUUUAGCCUACGGUGCCAUAAAGGUUCUAAAGAUAGAUGCUUACAUCUGUCUGUGUAAUCGAGAUUCGAGUUACAUCCUAGUAGUUGACGUGCGAAACGUCUUUGAACAUCUUCUACUCUUAUCUUGUCUGCGAUAUUCAUAUUAGAGAAGACAAAAGAGCAGUAUUCAAGGGUGGGUCGUACACAUAUUUUGUAGAGAGUAAGUUUACCCUCUGUUGUGAAAAAGUUUUUCAUUAUAAAACCAAUUAGCCGUCUAGAUUUAGAAAUAAUAGAGGAGGCAUGUUCUUCAAAGUUUAGGCUUCCUGUGUAAUUAAUUCCUAAAUCGUGUACUGAUUCGAGUGUUUGGACUAUACAUUCAUUUAAGUGAAGUCGCGGUUUAUAGGGAUGCUUUCCAAAGUGCAUGAUCCCGCACUUGUUGAGGUUAAAUGGUAAUUGCCAUUUUUCACUCCAUAUAGUUAAGUUAUUGAGGUCCUUUUGGAUCUGGGAUACACUUUCGCUUAGUGUCUCAGGCUUAUAGCUGUAUACUAUUUUGAGAUCAUCAGCAUAUAAGUACGGUUUCCCAAAUUCUAUGGUGUUACAUAUAUCGUUUAUAUACAUAAGAAACAAAAGUGGCCCUAAUACGCUUCCCUGGAUGACUCCACUGGUGAUUGGUCUAGGGGACGAGAGACAGUCAUUGUACUUUACCAUCUGUUUACGUUCUGUUAAGAACGAAGCAAACCAUGAGUACAGUGGGUUGUGUAUUCCGAAGGACUUUAGUUUGACGAGUAGCCUUUUGUGUGGGACCUUAUCAAAGGCUUUCUUAAAGUCUAGGAAUAGGACUGAUACAAGGAGUCCGCUGUCUCGUUUCAGAGUUAUAUCAUUCAGGUAGUCGACUAGGCAUGUAUCGCAUGAUCUGGACCUAAGAAAUCCAUGCUGGGAGGUCGACAAGAGAUUGUUAGUUAAUAGAUGUUGGACUACAGCCGCCUUAACUACUUUUUCCAUCACUCUGGAUACCACUGAAGUUAUGUUUAUAGGCCGGUAAUUUUCAACGUUUGCUUCAGGUCCUGUUUUAAUUUUGGGAAUGAUAUGUGUAGUUUUCCAGGCAGUAGGGUAACACGCUGAAGAGAGUGAUAUCGCGAAUAGUUUGAGAAGCAAAACACACAUAUCAUCACCUCCACGUUUUAGCAUGCUAGAUGGAAUACCAUCUGGUCCAUCAGUGUAGGAGUGUUUCAAUGUACUGAUUGCUUUGGAGAUAUUUUGUACACUGAAUUCUACAUUAGUAAUUUCACAGGGAGUUACUGGGAUUGGUUCUGAAUCAUUAAAUGGUUUUUCGUUAGUUAGUGAGAAACAAAAAUGUUCACUGAGUAAUUCUGUGAUAAGUUUGGGAUCUUCGUAUACUUGUUUGCCUUUAAUGAAUAUACUCCCUCUCGAUUUAGAGCGUUUAAGUUUAUUUUGGAGUAGUAUGGUGAUUGCAGAGGAGUUAUUAUUAAGUUCAACUGCACGUUUUUUCUGUGCUACUGCUUUUUGUUUACUUAUUGCCUUUGUUCGGACAAGUAUUUCUGUCAUCGUUACUAAAGAGGAAAAGUCAUUUAAGUUGUGGAAUCGAGUACAAUGUCUUUGAACACGUCUUCUUGUACUGACCGGUAUAUAGAGAUCUUUGGAGAACGUAGGUUUACAGUAUUCUAAAGGUGCGAUGUUGUUGAUGAUACUUUUGAUGUUGUGAUAAAAUAUAUUGGUUAAUGUGUCGGUAUUGUUUGAGGUAAAGAAAGUUCUCCAAUCAGUGCUUUUUAGGUAAUUGUGGAAGUUAUUCCAAUCAACCUUGCGAUAGUUUCUACGAAGUGUUACGGUUUUACUUAUAUCGGUUGUGGUUUUUACAUUAAGGCUGCAUAUGACAAUGUUAUGAUCGCUACCUGGGAACUUUUUUCCAAUAUACAAAGUAUUGGGGAUGAGGCCACUGGUAAAGACUAAGUCUAAGAUGUUUUGAUGUCUGGUAGGGCAAUCGACAUACUGAGUCCAUUGUCCAAGCUCUAGACAUUCAAUAAAUGAUUCAUAACGUCUCGGCGCUUUGACUGGCAGCCAAGAAAUUUCGGGCAUAUUGAAGUCACCACAAAUGAGCUUGCCUGUGAAUGAGAGGGAUGAUGCUAGCGUGAAUACCUCCGAUAAUACUGCUAUUUCAUCUAUUGAUGCGUUAGGUUGACGAUAAACACAGCCGAGCAGUAAGGUAACGGAAUUCGACGGCUUUAAUACAAUCCACACCGAAUCCUUCAGUUUGUUUAGUUCAGGCAUAUCACAUAGCAGUGAGUUCAGGCUAGAGUGAGCGUAAAUAAGGCAUCCUCUGCCUCGUCCAUUCAAUCUAUCGCUUCUAUAUAGGGAAUAGUUAUCUAGAGAUAUGCUUCGGUCGGAAAUAUUACUGUUAGUCCAUGCUUCAGAUAUCAUAAUAACUGAUGGUUGAUAUAUGGAUACAAACAGGGCUAAAUCCGUCUUUUUGUUGCAGAUCGAUCGAGCGUUGAUAAGACAUAUAUUAAGCAAGUGGCCUACUAAGUUAAAAUGGGUGAGGGUAUUUCGGAUAAAGUCGUCGUAACCCUCGCGAGUGUAAGAUGAGUUUGAUGUGAGGGAUUGGAUGCUCUUCAUUAGCUCGGUAUUUUGAUAGCUAAACUUAUUGGGAGAUGUAUCAAAUGAGCUGGUGAAGUUGAUUGGGGAGUUUACCCAGGAGGAAAGGGUGGGAGUACUCUGUGAUGGAAAUUGUACGGAGGAAACAAAUUUAUGGUUUGCAUGUGGUUUGAAAUAACCUGGGCUAUAUGCUUCAACAGAGGUGUCACUAGGGGUCUUAUUCCAAAAAAAUCUUGUACAGGCCUACUGUGAAGUGUAUGGUUAUUUACAAAAUAGUCUUGAUGGUUAGACUCGUAGCCCCUGUUAUGGCUUUUUACGUUAGCGCGAGAGGGGUCUGCUACGCGUAACUGGGAGGAGUUGCGACUGUUGUUAUACAUGGGAGCCGUUGUUAUGUGAUGGGUCGGUACUAAAGGGUAUGAGAAGUUUUCUUUUUGAGAGUAAUUACAGUUGCGAUCCUGGGGAAUGUAGGUAGGGUGUGGAGUGAGAAACCUAUUAUUACCAUUCUUAUUUAUGGUUUUAGGCUUCAGAGGGAGAUUUGGGUGGCCAGUUCUCUGGUAGUUUUCGUUAGUCUGCGUGUAAGAAGGCUUGCUACGUUGAAGCCCACCACCCUUUUUGCAACUUGGAGGUGUUGAAGGCAAGUUAUACGAUAGCAGCGGGGAGAACCUGCUCACUGUUCUUGGGAUACCUAUAGAGCAGUUGGGUUCAAUCUUACGUGUUUCCCUAUUCGGUAUCAUGAGUUUUGUCUUCCCACCCUUUAUUUUCAGAGCAGGAUUCUUUCGUUGUCUUUGUGAGAUGAACUUACGUUCAUUCAAGUCUACUUGUGGAAUGUCUUUAGCAGGACAAAUUUUCAAGUGUAUAGGUUUAGUAGCACAUGUGUUGUUACACGACUCACAUUUUAGUACAUUACUGAAUGAACAGCUGGGAUUAGUCAUGUCGUUAUGGUUUUUGGUGUCAGUUGGGGUCCGUAUCUUAUCCAAAGGUUUCUGAUCUGUAGACUCAUCUAGAUCAACAGAGUGAUCAGCCGUAUGUGGAGUGGUGUCAUGCUUAAUGUUCGUGUGUUUUAAACUAUUUGCUGUGUUGCAAACUGUCUCUGGCUGAUUAUUAACUGUAACACUCCCAUUCAAUUUUAUCGCUUCGCGUCUUCUUACACGACGUUGACAGGGCGUAGGGUCUGGAGUGACUUUUAUAUUUUUGUAUGGAAUUAGUGAGCUAAUGUUUUUGCUCAAAUCAAUAAACUGCUUAGCAUCGUUACAACAGCCAAACAUAAACAAGAGGGGGCAAGUUGAUCUGUCUGACUUUUUUCUAAGGCGGAUGACUUUGCAGUUAACGUUCGGCAUACCGCAUGCUCUUAGGCAAAUAUCUCUUAACUUAGAUGGGUGUGUGCGGUCGGGGAGGUUAUACACAACUGCAUUGAAGGAGGACAUUACUCUCUUCGUCACUUCUUCAGCCACAAACUCCAAAAUACACUCAGCUUUAGUGAGUUGCUCAAGAUUUCUGUCUGUAUCAAGGCCCCAUAUAUGAGUGAGGGGUGCUAAUUGCUCAAGUUUGCCGUUAAUUUCGGAUAGAGAGUUUUGUAGCUGUCGGAUGUCAUUACUAUAUCUAUCAGUAUUUUGGUGUGUAUGAGGUGGACCAUUGGACUCUUUAGUUUUUGAAAUUUUAGACUUAGGCCUUGGUAGCACAUACUGUUUAGUAGACUGUGCUGACUUUUCAAUGCACGUAGGUAUAAUGUCUUGUAUGUCAACCAGUCUUACCGUUGGUAUACUGCACGUAAAGAUAGAGGGGCUGCGGAUUUGGACCUUUUAUUUGGCUUAGAAGUUGGUGAAAUUCCUCUUUUACUGGAGUUAUUGGACAUGAUAUGAAAAUAAGUGAGCACAGUGCUCGUUAAAUUAAAUAUAAUAUCUGAGUAUUAGUUGUUAUUAAGUAUUAACCUGGUUAAUACUAGGAUUAGAGACUGUGAGUAUAUAAUAAAUUGCAGACCUAUUUACGACUUAAGUCCGCAAUAGGUACAAUACGAACUGGUAAUUGUCCGUCGAAUGAAAAUAAGUUUUUUCUUAUGUUUCGUGGUGAGAUGUUCCCGAUGUACAGGAUAGGAUGAUAAUCACAGUAUAAUACACCCUACAAAAGAGCAAGUCGAAGAAUUCCUAAACCACGUGAAAAAAAUGUUACCACUUUCAAAGUUCGCGCCAGUUGCAUGAACAUUUCUUCCACAUCCGCGGAAACGUAACAGGAUCCCAACUAAACUUGCUGUAGUAUCUGGACCUUGGUAAAGAAGGUCAUUCAAGGAUUUACCAGCCACCUUAGCAGCACAAUCCAAUACCACUCUCACUCUGCUUGGUUUUCUGGGGUUAAUCACUGCAUGAUGGGGCAAGUACCAUUUUGGACGAUAACCCGGAUCGAGUUGCAUACCUGGAACCACAACCGCGUACCCUUUGUCAAUCGUCUGCUGCAUGGAACAAGUGUAGCUUUCCCAAAAGUCUUUAUUGCAUGUGAGUCUACGUCUUAGACUUUCUAAUCUUCGUCUAGCUAGAUCAUAGCUACCAGAGACUACAUUUCUCUCCACCCUCCAAGGUAAAGGGACAAUCCAAUGACCCUCGUCAAAAUAAGUGUCGCGCUCCACUAUGCCAACUGCUUUCAAGUCAUUUAAAGAUAAUGCUUUAUCGGAGGAGUGCACGUCAGCAAAUUCGUAGUUAUAUAUUUCCUUUAACUGCUCUACAGGGUUGUCAGACUGAGAAAUAUAAUUUACCAUCCUUUUACUGUUUUUGCUAAAGCCUGCCGGUCCAAACAGAACCCAUCCUAGAAGUGUCCUAAUAGCAUAUGGGCUUUUUCUUCCACCCAAUCUUUGAUCUAGGACCCAAUGCGCUUCAGGCACGUCACAACCAAUAAGCAACAUAACUUCACCAUCCACUGAUUCUGUCCAAGGCAAGUCAGUAAGAUGAGGCCAUUUCUUGGCGCUGUCCUUCACAGGUACUCUUGGUCGAUGCACCGGCAACUCAUCUACUACAACAGCCUGUUCAAUACUUAUACAUUCGUCUCCGUUCAAUGAGUAAGCUUUAAAGGCUUUAGUGGUCGAUCUGCUUAACUUAUUUCCGUUGACCGUUUUGAUGGUAAUCGACGCACCAUCUGACGAUAAUCCUAAACGUCGUACAGUGCUUAACUUGAUUACGGUCGUAUCUGAGCCAUUGUCUAGAAACGCAUAUCCAGAAACUUCCUUGUCCCCAGCUCUAAGGCGUACAGGGAUCAGACCCAGAAACACGUCCUCUUUUAAUGACUCUGUGUACCCACAGUGACUUUCUUUUAAGCACUCACUCGAACCACUCUGAACUCGGAUGGUUUUAUGCAACGAUGGGUGAUGCCGAUCCCGACAACCUUCGACAGUACACACAACACGAUCUUUACAAUCCACAGAUCUGUGGCCCCUUCGAAGACAACAAUAACACAAGCCCUUUUCCUUUGCUUUCGCCCACUUAUCGUUGACUGCUAAGGUGGAAAACUGGAAACAUUUAUCCACACUAUGAGUUUCUCCGCAUAUAACACAAGGUGACUUGCUAACGAUUUUACCGAACGACAGACCUUGUGUGGAACAGGCCACCUUGCUUGCAACUCGUUUACUAGCAGUUGCAAUCUGUCCGAAUCUGCUAAGCAAUAUUUCCGCUCUAGAUGAUACAAAUUCUGUUAACUCAGCAAAAGUAGGCUCUCUUCCAUUUGCUGUUACCUUUCCUACUGUCUCAGCCCAUCUCAUCUGUAAAACCGUGGGCAACUUCUUUACUAUAUUUUCAAUUGUCACUACGGAGUUGAGAUCCGCUGAAUAAUCCAUUUGUUCUAAGGUUAUAGAACAGUUUUCCAUCUUUAUCGCUAGUCUAGAUAGACUUUCUGCGUCAUUAUGCGCAAUAUCAGGACCUUCAGUUAAAUCUUUCAUCAAAGCCCGACAUAUUUCGUGUGUUCUACCGAACAACCGUUUCAAUAUAUCGCACGCCCUACGAUAACCCAACGACGGUGGAAGCAUUAUGCAUUCCUCUAUGGCCUCUCGAGCCUUGCCUUUACAAUAAUGUAACAAGUACAUGAGCCGUUGACCAACGUCAUCAACCUUGGAAACCACAUAUAAAUCAAAUUGUCUAAUAAAUUUACAGUAUUUAGCCGGUUGUCCAUCAAAGGUACUUAGCUCUACCUUUGGAAGUUCAAGACCUACACUAAGAGAUUCCAAGGUCACUUCCUUCCUCUUCGUUCCCGAAUAAUCUAGCAAUUUUGACUUUUCUAGAGACUUUGUCCUAAGGUCAUGAGAAGGACUUACAAACCUGUGAGUGUGCUCCUUUCCUCUGUCAUCACAGUUAGAAUCAGAAGACAACUUACUGCACGUGCUUUCGUUCAGCCUUAACGACCCAAACUCUCUCUGAAAGCACAGUAGUUGUUUCCUCUGCCUAUCUUUCAAGUCUCUCAUUUCUGAUAACUGUCUCUCUUUCAACUCUGCUAAGGUAAUUCUAGAGCUAACUUUACUACGUCUACUUACUAAACUAACAUUAGAGCCAUGACACGAAAAUGCAUCUAAUUUGACUUGCCGUGCAUCUGGAGGUGCAUCCGAUUGCAUUUCUCCGUGACCCAACGCCAAGUUUUCGUUGACCUUAUUGCGCUUUCCAGGCAUUCCAGAAUUUGUCACUUGAGAUUACUGUUCGUUUGAGAACUGUAACGACCGAACAGCCAAUAUCCGGUUGGAACAACGGACUGACGAACCCAAAAUUUAUUCGAUUAGACCAGACCAAGUUCCUCUGUAUAGCCCACAACGCGUCUUUGAGAUACUCGUAUUAUAUUAUAUCAAAACACAAACUCUGUGCUCAAUAUAAACGGUUCUAACUAAGAAAACAGAACAAAUUACAUCAAAAAUACAAAAUACCUCAAACGGUACAGCCUGUGCUAUACAGUCAGAAGUUUCUCUAACGCAAAGUAGCGCGCUAAACAAUGAAAGAGACAGUUAAUACUAAAGGGUUUGAUACCUGAGAAUCAAUACAAAUAUUCCCAAUAAGAUGGGAUCAAAUAUCUAUCUGCAGGGAUUGCAGCAAUUCUCCCAAGCAGACAGUCAGAAGGUUAACAGUCACAAAAUGAACCACGCCGUGACCUUGAGCUUAGUCAAACACAACCUUACUGUCAAUGGUCCGGCAACAUGCAAUAGAAAAUUAGGUAACAAAAAAUAAGUCUUUAAUCAAAAUCACAUAAUAAAGGCUUAAACGGGGGAGACUGAAGAACAAAAGACAUGGUUAAACGAGAUCGAAACAAAGGUUGGAAUACACAAAAGGGAGAAGGAACAAAUAAAUGAAAAUACUGUUCAACAAAGAAGCUGCAGAGGGAUUUUUACUGUUCUCUUUCUGUUACAUAGAUAGUCAUGUAGAGCUGGGACAUUCAGCCGUUUAAAAUUCCUACCAGACAUCAAAACAUCUUAGACUUAGUCUUUACCAGUGGCCUCAUCCCCAAUACUUUGUAUAUUGGAAAAAAGUUCCCAGGUAGCGAUCAUAACAUUGUCAUAUGCAGCCUUAAUGUAAAAACCACAACCGAUAUAAGUAAAACCGUAACACUUCGUAGAAACUAUCGCAAGGUUGAUUGGAAUAACUUCCACAAUUACCUAAAAGCACUGAUUGGAGAACUUUCUUUACCUCAAACAAUACCGACACAUUAACCAAUAUAUUUUAUCACAACAUCAAAAGUAUCAUCAACAACAUCGCACCUUUAGAAUACUGUAAACCUACGUUCUCCAAAGAUCUCUAUAUACCGGUCAGUACAAGAAGACGUGUUCAAAGACAUUGUACUCGAUUCCACAACUUAAAUGACUUUUCCUCUUUAGUAACGAUGACAGAAAUACUUGUCCGAACAAAGGCAAUAAGUAAACAAAAAGCAGUAGCACAGAAAAAACGUGCAGUUGAACUUAAUAAUAACUCCUCUGCAAUCACCAUACUACUCCAAAAUAAACUUAAACGCUCUAAAUCGAGAGGGAGUAUAUUCAUUAAAGGCAAACAAGUAUACGAAGAUCCCAAACUUAUCACAGAAUUACUCAGUGAACAUUUUUGUUUCUCACUAACUAACGAAAAACCAUUUAAUGAUUCAGAACCAAUCCCAGUAACUCCCUGUGAAAUUACUAAUGUAGAAUUCAGUGUACAAAAUAUCUCCAAAGCAAUCAGUACAUUGAAACACUCCUACACUGAUGGACCAGAUGGUAUUCCAUCUAGCAUGCUAAAACGUGGAGGUGAUGAUAUGUGUGUUUUGCUUCUCAAACUAUUCGCGAUAUCACUCUCUUCAGCGUGUUACCCUACUGCCUGGAAAACUACACAUAUCAUUCCCAAAAUUAAAACAGGACCUGAAGCAAACGUUGAAAAUUACCGGCCUAUAAACAUAACUUCAGUGGUAUCCAGAGUGAUGGAAAAAGUAGUUAAGGCGGCUGUAGUCCAACAUCUAUUAACUAACAAUCUCUUGUCGACCUCCCAGCAUGGAUUUCUUAGGUCCAGAUCAUGCGAUACAUGCCUAGUAGACUACCUGAAUGAUAUAACUCUGAAACGAGACAGCGGACUCCUUGUAUCAGUCCUAUUCCUAGACUUUAAGAAAGCCUUUGAUAAGGUCCCACACAAAAGGCUACUCGUCAAACUAAAGUCCUUCGGAAUACACAACCCACUGUACUCAUGGUUUGCUUCGUUCUUAACAGAACGUAAACAGAUGGUAAAGUACAAUGACUGUCUCUCGUCCCCUAGACCAAUCACCAGUGGAGUCAUCCAGGGAAGCGUAUUAGGGCCACUUUUGUUUCUUAUGUAUAUAAACGAUAUAUGUAACACCAUAGAAUUUGGGAAACCGUACUUAUAUGCUGAUGAUCUCAAAAUAGUAUACAGCUAUAAGCCUGAGACACUAAGCGAAAGUGUAUCCCAGAUCCAAAAGGACCUCAAUAACUUAACUAUAUGGAGUGAAAAAUGGCAAUUACCAUUUAACCUCAACAAGUGCGGGAUCAUGCACUUUGGAAAGCAUCCCUAUAAACCGCGACUUCACUUAAAUGAAUGUAUAGUCCAAACACUCGAAUCAGUACACGAUUUAGGAAUUAAUUACACAGGAAGCCUAAACUUUGAAGAACAUGCCUCCUCUAUUAUUUCUAAAUCUAGACGGCUAAUUGGUUUUAUAAUGAAAAACUUUUUCACAACAGAGGGUAAACUUACUCUCUACAAAAUAUGUGUACGACCCACCCUUGAAUACUGCUCUUUUGUCUUCUCUAAUAUGAAUAUCGCAGACAAGAUAAGAGUAGAAGAUGUUCAAAGACGUUUCACACGUCAACUACUAGGAUGUAACUCGAAUCUCGAUUACACAGACAGAUGUAAGCAUCUAUCUUUAGAACCUUUAUGGCACCGUAGGCUAAAACACAAUUUAAUAUUUCUCUACAAAGCGAUAUAUGGGCUCUCCUUUCUAACCUCCUGCCCGACUAUCACCCACGACCCAGCCUAUAGACUUAGAAACAACGCAUAUACACUACUUACCGUAAAACACCAAAAACAAAUGCGUUGUAAGUUCUUUACAGUACGGUACAGUUUAUUGUGGAACAGGCUGCCAAUGCCUAUCCGUAACUGUGAUACGUUUACCAGAUUCAAAAAGCUAAUAACCCUAUUUCUAGACUCCAAAGAGCUUCAACAUUACCUUGAACUCCCGCCCACCGAUGAGGCACUUUAUUAUGGACCGCCUAGUAUCUAGAAAGAACAAAAUUCUAACAAGUUCGACUGUUACUAAUAUGAAUAUAACCAAAUCACAGGAUAUAUGGCUUAUCCUUUCCUAUUACUCCUAUUAUUUCCUAUUCAUUAUUCAUGACUUCAUGCUCCUAACCCUAGCUUUCAGUCCCCAAAUCUCUACAGGUUAAAUGUACAUUAUUCUUCCUAAAAGUCAUGCUUUUUUUUUUCUACUGCAAGUAGACAGACAGCUCAAUCUUAUGGAUGCUGAUCUACUAAGGUCGAUCAUUCAAAGCUCAAAAUUUGGCCACAAAGUCUUGUGAGUUUCUCAAUGUCUUAUUUUUUUACCCUAAAGUCUUUUUCUUUUUUUCUACAAUUUUAUACCCUCUCAUAUCUUUUGAUUUACUAUUAAUCCUUACUUCUUUAAACCAUUAGUUAUUUUCAUAGCAGUGUGAUAUACUAUAUGGACGUCUAACCCAUAAAACAGAAUUUUUAAAUAUCUGAUUUGCUUGUAACAUGGACCUAGUAGAGACAGUGUAUUCCAACUAUGUACUUUGAUUAAAGCAUUAAUCAUACUUACCACAAACGUAGGAGAGCCUAACAUCACAAAAGGAGGGAGGGUGGCGUUACUGACCAGCAAACAUGAAGGUGGGGAGAUAACUUCAAUCCACCCAUGUCUGUAGGGCAGAACAUUUUGUUUAAUUACGGCUCCUUAUGGUUUAGUGGGAUGUCACGGACUUAAGGUAUUGAAGCUGAUUUAUCACGCAAAAUACCUCUUUAAAUCGUGUUACGAACGUUAAAUUGGUUUCACUUCCUACUCAGAAAUCCUAUUACAAGCAAACUAGACAAUUCGCUAAUAUACGAAGCCUACUCAAGACCCUAUAAAACCUUAAAAAAAAACGAAAGGGGCUCUAAUAGCUUCGAUAAUAAAAGGAAGAUAGCCAGUUGUAUAUCACAAUACUGUUUCUAGCACUAUAUUUUAUUUUAUAAUCACACAUAAUCUUAUACUCUCAGCUCUUUUCCGAAUCGCCUCCAUUUGUCAGUUGUAUGUCCACUCACACCUUGCUAAAGCUUAUUUUCUUUAACCUAUUAAAAUGCUCUUUCUUAACAAAUACCUUAAUAAAAGAAAAUUAGACUGAGUAAUCAUACCUUAAACAUUCCUACAUGAAUAUUGGCUACUCUGCCUCUCGUGUUUUCUUUUACUUCCUCCCUCUUUCAGCUCCCUUGAGAUAUGGAACAGGUUACUUCAUCCUGCACCAUCCUUAAAGCCUUGGAUAUCCCAAAGGGACAUAAGGUUGCGAUUUCUAGAAGCUCAUACCUUCAAUGGACCUAUUCUUGAUCGUCAGUCGCACAUUCGCAACGCAACUCUCGUGAAGCGCGCCAACUAUAGUACUGAUUAAAACAAUCUACAUUCAUGUCUUAUAAAUUUUCAACCCAGCUAUGUAAUUUAAUACAGUGUAUAUUGUAUCAUUUGUAUCAAUUUGAUCUUGCCUGUAAACUGGCAUGCCUCAUGUAACAAACUGUUAUUUGAGAAUAAAUUAUUAUUAUUAUUAUAAGUAAAGGUCUCGAAGCCCGAUUGUGGAGCGCUACGUUUCCUUUGGUGGCCGAAGGGUGAUAUCGAGAAGGAACCGGUGGAGUAUCAGAUGACAUCACAUCCCUUCGGGGCAAUAUCCUCACCCUUCUGUGCAAACUUUGCAUUGAUGAAGACGGCUCAAAGGUUCUCUAGUGACUAUGAUAACAGCGUAGGGGAAUCGGUACUGAACAACUUUUAUGUGGAUGAUUGCCUAGUAUCCUUUCCCAAUGAUGAAGAGGCGAAAAGUUUUGUGGUACAACUAAAUGAAUUGAUGGCUCGAGGAGGUUUCAAGUUGAAAAAUGGGUGACUAACUCGGAAAUUGUAAGGAAAGUUUUUCCGCAAUCUAAUAGUAUGGAAGCUAUUGUUGAUAUGUCUCUGAAUCAAGGGCGGACACAUCGAGCCCUCGGGAUUGAAUGGGACACCACACACGAUGUUUUUAAUUUUCGUUUUGAUCCAGGAGAAAAACUCCGACUAGGAGAGGAAUAAUAUCCACCAUUUCAUCUCUUUUCGAUCCACUGGGACUGAUAGCUCCAAUAUACCUUCCUGCCAAACAACUCUUACAGAAUCUUUGUAAAACGCGUAUCGGUUGGGACCAGCCUCCGAGUGAUAGUGUUAUGUCCUCGUGGA